AAAAAAGGAAAAGAAGGCGAGUGCGUGAAUUAGUUUAUUUGAUAUGAACACAAGCUUUUGAAGGAUGCAAUGAAUUUCGUAUUUCUAGCAUCAAAUAUGAGCUUUAUUUAUUUAUUUGCUAAGUUUAGUAUAGAAUUUUAAAGACUGCCAAGAAUACCACAUGGCUGUUAUAAUUUAUACAUAUGCUAUUCGGAAAUACCAUUCUAUCAAUAGAGACAAGCUUCUCUCGAACAAGGCAUCCGCAUUUUCUGGAAAAGAAAGACCUUUCUUGCCUGUUUUAUUUCCCAAAACCCCAUCUACACCCCUGUCUUUCUUCUUCCAGAUUGAUUCCUGAAGUUUUGAUUCAGUUUCUUAAUCAGAAAUUGUAUAUAUCUGAUGUGGAAAACAAAGUAAAAAAAGAUUGACCUGCAUUUCUCGUAGAUUUUAUUCUCUUGCAGGAAGCAUUUGAAUUCAAUGGAUUCAAGAAAAUCCAGGUCUCCUUGGGAUAUAUGAAAAUGGGAUACUGAUUUGAUAUCAAAAAUUUCGAAAGGUCCCAGAUAGAUUUUUAUGACAAAUUGAUUGCAAAACUUUUUUGGGGUUCUUACAUUUGAAUAGGUAGGAAAUGCUGAUUGAAUUGGUCAGAAAUAUUUGGAAUUUCUGUGGAAUCUGUGAUGUCUUUCAAUGAGGGACAGCUGGAAGAGAAGAUUCGGGAUGCACCAACAAUAGAUGAGCCUGCACAGAAUUUUGUCACCUUCAUUCACAGAGCCAAGCUGGCGGAUAUGUUCCAAAACAUAACUUUAACGUGGGCCAAAAAUAUGAUUAGCCACUCUCUUCAUAUCAUGGUACAAAACCCUUACGCGGAAGAUCAUUACAUGUGCAAAAUUGAUCUUAAAACAUGGCAGUUUUGGGGGAAAAAAGGUCUGAAAUCAUUUCAAGUUGAUGAGAAACGUGUUGAUGUCUUCUGGGAUAUUAAGUCUGCAAAAUUUAGCAGCAGCACUCUGGAACCAACCUCCGAUUACUAUGUAGCAAUGGUUUCGGAAGAAGAGGUGGUUUUAUUGCUAGGUGAUCAGAAAAAGGAAGCAUUCACGAGGACAAAAUGCAGACCAUCCUUACAAGAUGCUGCCUUGGUGCAUAAGAAAGAAAUUGUGUUUGCCAAGAAAUGUUUUUGCACCAAAACUACAUUAGGACAGGGUAAGAGGGAGCACAACAUCAUCAUUGAGUCUGCUUUUCCAGCCCUUGUGAUCCCGAAAUUUGGAUUAGUAUAGACGGGACUACAUCAAUUCGCAUAACGAAUUUGCAUUGGAGAUUUAGAGGCAAUGAAACAAUAAUGGUGGAUGAUUUGCCUGUGCAAAUUCUGUGGGACGUUCAUGAUUGGCUGUAUAACGACCAGCAUUCAGGAGCAGGCAUGUUUAUCUUCAAACAAGGUGCAGUUGAACAUGAAAGUAUUAAUCUUGAUGGUGAAGAUUUAGCAAACCUGUCCUCCUCCAUAGACUUCUGCCACUUUCUUUAUGCUUGGAAAACUGAAUGAGAAACUUCAGGUCUAGAAAUUUCAGUACCAUUUUAUUAGCCUUUUCUGUAUUACUUGGGAACGAUGUCUAAUAUCAGUUUAGCACAUGUAUAAUGCCACUGUGUUUAUUUAUAUAAUAGUAUUUCAUUGUUUA